CUCUAGUGCUGUAUCACGCGUGACUGCAAUCAAUUACACCCUAUCCAAAAAGGUCCAUACGGCACGAUAACAGGCAAGUAGUUGAAGGUAUUUAAGCACAGCAUGAGCCCAGGCCAGUGAUUUACUCUCCUCCAUAUCCAAAACCGCAUUACUAUACAUGCAUACCACAUGCAAGCUUGUACUAGUGCCCAGAUACAAUACAAACCUUUCUAUACUUCCACAGUUUCAGUACAUACUAAUUUCUACAAACCCACUUCUCCCUCUUGUUCUCUCACCAUCAGCAGUACUCAUGAUUUAGUGGUACAAUCAUGGGUUGUUGAUCGGUAUGUCAACAAAAACAAACUAUAAGUAUGUGCGCGAACUUUACAAACACAAUGUGUAGUGCUAGCUCGUUUACAAGUAGAGGAAACUAGUUUCACUAUUUCGAUGAAACUAUAUAUAACAAACUACUGAGGAUCAAAAAGUACAAAUAUAUAAAUUCUUUUAUGAUAAACGGAAAAGGGAAAGAAAUAUAUCGCAAAAACUAUAAAAAAAAAAUUUGGACGAAACUCAUACACUGUGAGACUCUCAGACUGCCAAUCGUAGGUCAGAUAAACAUAUGAUCGAGAUUCAAGGCAACGCAACAUGAUAACAUAUCGAUAGGAUAUUUUUAUUAAAAUAAUACUAUAAUUAAAUAAUACACGACCAAAAUCAAUAAAUUCAAUCAAUUAUUGUUGAUAGGCAAAUUGGUUGUAUGUAUCAAGGACCGUAAAAAUCGUAUUAGAGGUUAAACCAUAUAAGAUAUUGGUAGGAUAUUUUGUGAUUGAACUUUUUUAUACCAGUAAAACCUUAUCCUGAAUUCCUAAUUUGAACUUUAGUAGCUAUUUUUUUCUAGUCGGAUAGAUCGAUAUCAAACACUAAUAUAUAUACAUCCAUGCUUGGAUAGGGUGUUAAUACCCCUAUGUCUUAGCACCAUGUUAACAUAAUUAUGAAGGACAUUAGUCCUUAUGUUAACUACUGUACAUAAUAGUUACUUCAUCUCUUCCUCCUCUCGUCCUCCACUUCUAUUUGUGUAAAAAAGUCGGUAUGUUGCUUGUAAAAUAAUUUAUUUAUCAUUAUAAAAAUAAUUUCUCCAUUAUAAAUCUUUUAUUACUUGUGAUCUUUUAUAAUGUUCUUGAUUUAAUUAUUUUAUCAUUAUGAAAAUAAUUUCUCCAUUAUAAAUCUUUUAUUACUUGUGAUCUUUUAUAAUGUUCCUGAUUUGCUACGUGAGUUUCUGGUAUGCUUCAUGAGAGUUAUGGUGUGGUUGCACAUAUUUAUUGUAUGUUUCAUCCUUCAGGGAGCUCUUGUAAGUUUUACGAGGUAUCUUUUCAUGAAACUUGUUUUUUGCUUUAUGAGGUUUAUACCUUCUUUAAGAAACUUAUGGUAAGAUGUAUGAGGUUUCUAGUAUACUUCAGGGAACUUGUGGUCAGCUAAUGAGAUUUUAGGACUGCUUCAGAGAACUUGUGGUAUGCUUUGUGACAUUAUUUGUAUGCUUUAAAAAAUGUGAUCAAAUUUAUGAGGUUUAUGGUUUGCUUGAGAGGACUUGUGGUCAACUUUGAGUUUUCUAGUAUGCUUUAUAAAUUUUGUAAUGUGGUGAGAUUCUGAUAUGCUUUAUAAGCAUUAUGGUCUACUUUAUGUUAUUUGUAAUAUGGUUUGUUGUGUUUCUGAUAUGUGUUUUGUGGUCUGCUUCAUGAUAAUAGUGAUCGAUGCUGCUAAGGAUGGGACGUGAAAUAAAUGGACAACGCCACGUACAUGUUUCCCUUAAAUUUUAAAAAUGAUAAACAUGGCCCUCCCUUUAAAAAUCAAUCUUAAUUGUGGUCAACCUUUUAAAUAUGAAAAUUCAUCAAAAUGAAAUGUUUAUAUUGGAUGGAGUUAGUGUUGUCACCAAGCUAACAAAUUGAGUUUUAAAACAUUAACCUAACUCAUAUACAUCCUACCCAGCCGACUCAUAAUAUGCAAAUUUUAUGGUUCGACCGGCAAGGUACUACAAUCCAGGGCUCUCUCACAUAGCUAGCCAAUCACCACUCGGUAUCGACCUACCCCUGAUCCUCUUCCUAGGGAUGACAAUGGAGCGGGUUUUUAUCUGAUUCCUCAUCCUCAGUUCCACAUAGCCGAAUCCAUACCCACCUCUUACCCAUGAGAAGGGAGGUUUUGCAACUCUAUCAUCUUACUUACGAUUUUUGGGUACCCAUGGGUAAGACCCACCAAGACCACGUAUAUCCAAUAUUACAAUAUCUAGAAUUCAACAUAUAGGUCUUCUUUUAUAAUACUAAACAAACCGAAUAAAUCAUGAAAUAAACAAAGAGACAAUCAUUCUCAAUACAAAUUCAAAGCAUUCAAUCCUAAAAUAUCCAAUAAUUCAUAAAACAAAGUACAAUACUAUCCAAAUCAUUCAUCUCUGACUCUCACACAUAUACUAAGUAAUAAACAACUAACAUAAUCUUGUUUACACGAGGAAAAGUGAAAGAGUGAAAAGAUAGUUGAGGGAAUGAAAUUAGUGUUUGGUUUGGGUGACCACUCAAUUACAAAUCCACUUUUUAUUUAUUAAUUAUCAUUCUCGCCAUUGAAGUUACAAUAUGAUCCUAUAUUUUUAAUAUACGAAGAGAUAAUCUUCGUGGGAGAUGUAUUGGUAUGACUUAUGAGUAUGGUUAUGGAUCGAAAAUGCUAAAACCAAAUAUGUCUCAUCCCAUCAAGCGUUUUGUUGGUUUUACACAUACAUGCCUCAUACCCAAUCAAUAUAGUAAGUCCCCACAUUGAUUAUGUUAAAGGAAUCAGGUACUCACAGUUGUGAGUUUGAUUGUUAUCCCUACCCUACAUAGGAAUGAAAAUGGGGCAUGUCCGGGGCUGUAUCUUGAUUCUCAUACCUGUCCCAUGACAGGUCGUGUUUAGGGUGACUAAGUUAUGUAUCAUGGGAUGCAGGUCGGGACAAAUCGAUCAUAUGAGUAAAGUUAUUUUAAAAAAUAAUAUUAGAAAAUUUCAUUUUAAUUAAAAAUCCAAGGAAACCACAAUCUUUUCAUCUUUACCUUCGCAAGUGCUGAAAUCAGGGAGAAAGUCUGGUUAGAUAGGCCCUGGAGCCUCUCUAACACUCAGACGGCGCUGCAAAAAUGGAAUGGGAGAGGAUUACCAGAGGAAGUCACUAAGGAUCGGCUGGCCUGCUGGGUACAAAUCCAUGGUCUUCAUCAGUGCAUGAGAGUGGAAAGUAAUAUAAAAGAUAUAGGUACUUACUACUUCCCCAAAUUCCUGGGUCUCGACAGGGGAGGGCUGGAGUUCAAUGGGUACAGGCUAUACUCAAGAGUUCUGGUGGAGAUCGAUCUAAAUGAACCUGUACCGGUGGGCUUCGAUUUCCCAUUCCUUGAUGAAAGCACCGGAGUAGAACACUGUGAAUGGAUCUCAUUCAAGUAUGAACGCCUUGUGGAGCUUUGUUACUUCUGUGGCUAUGUUGGGCAUAACUGGCCCACCUGUGCUCGAAUGGCGGAAGAGAGGAAGAGAGACCCAGAGGUCGGACUGUCGGAGAUAUAUAAUGCUUCCCUCAAGGCUGGAAUCGACUCACCCAGAAGCUCACCGCCGGCGAGUGGGAGCAGCAGGAGGAGGAGUGGUGGAGGGAUGCCAUCGUCGCCUCUCUCCCAACGAGGUGGGUCCAGCAGCUAUGGUUUGGGCGAGCAGGCCGAAAAAAGCAAAAAGCAACUCUGUGUGACAGGAGGGGAAAGGACGAAGGAACAAUCAGUCCCACCAGGCUUUCGACCGUUGGAAGAAGGAGUUGGAGGAAGGCAGAAUCAAGAAGUCAGCAUCAGUAAGGGAAGGGAGAAUUGCAGGUACAGAUCUAGUAUGGGGGCAAGGGAUAUCUCCAGUGAUCUGGAGGAAGCAGCGGCGGCGAUGGAGGCUAACCUAAGCCUAGGGGAGGACGAAAGUGGGAAAGGAGGAAGGGGCCGAGAGGGUGUAGUGGAGACAGGCCUGUCUUUGGGCCCAACAGAGGGCUGCUAUGAAGCCCACAAUACCUAGUCAUAUGACUUAAGGUAUUUCCAAGACCAGUCCAAAAUGGAGGGAGAGAUGGGCCGGGCCAAUAAAAAAAGAAAGGGAACUGAACACAAACAGGCCGAGUUUGCUUUGGGUUUUAAUGGGGGAGGCAGUUUUUCUCAAGAAGCCCACAGCCCAAGCCUGUCUGAUGGGGGGGCAAACAGAGUGAGGAGGAAGAAGAACACAAAAGGAAGCAAAAGGGCAGUAGAAAAGGGAGCAAGCAUAUCAAGGGAAGGAAACUAUCUUGGAGAAGAAGGAGGAGCAAUGGCAGCGGUGGUUCGCCAGAAGCCACCUCACGAGCCAUGAGUUUGGUGAGUUGGAAUUGUAGGGGGUUUGGCCAACCCCUUAUAAGAAGCUAUGCAAAAAGGCUUUUUCGGCGUUAUAGCCCAUCGAUUGUCUUUCUCAUGGAAACGAGUAAAAACGAAGCUUUCAU